UACACUGUGACUUUUCUCUUUUUUUUGUUUUGUUCUUAAGUAAAUUUAAUUCAUAUUAUGAAAUAUUUUCAAUGAGAUUGUCUGUGUAUUGUACCAGGAACCAAUCAUUAUUAACAUGAUUAUUAACGUGUAUUAUUAACAUGCAAUCAACCUGCUAUUAAUAGUUAAUAGGUGUUUUAUGGUAUGUUUAUUAAACUAUCCUGAAACAUUGUUAAUAUUUUUUUUCCUUUUUUAAAUAAGUGUUAAUUUAUACAGAAAUUUAAUUUCGGGGGGUGUUGUUUCGUCUCUAUCCAACUUAAUGAAGUAUUAAAAAGUGGGCUCGGUUUGCAAAUUUGUCUUUACUUUUAUAAAUAGAUGUUAAUAGAUGAAUGAUGGUGUUGCUGAGUAUUUGAUGUGUUUGUUGUUUUUUAUUUACGGGUCCUGGGGGAUGUGUGAGUGUAUGAGUACAGAAGCUGCGUAGGAUAACGCUGAUCGUUUUCUCGUCUGAAGUCGGGGUCCAUGUUUACCGCCACCCCGGAACCUGCAUACUGAAGUCUCUCCGCUUCACGAAAGUGGUAGUUCAAUGAAAUCGCUGGUUUGGGGCUACGCCCACCGAGCUCCCUGAUCCGAGGGCAGGCAGGCAGAGUGUUAAAAUGGCGCACAGCUGUCGGUGGCGGUUCCCCGCUCGGCCCGGAGGGAGCAGCAACUCGGGCGCUGGGAGAAAAGCGGGCCGGAUCCGGGUCACGGCUUCCCUCCGAAACGGCGCAGGAACCCAUUCGACCGCGAGCGGGCUCGGGCCCGGGUUCGACGCGGCGCUGCGAGUGUCCACCGCGAUCGGCGACAACCUGCAGCAAUUUCGGGAUGUUUUGGGCGAGUCGAGCGGCUCCAGCAGUGGCGAGGAAGAUGCAUUUGAAGGUUUUGAUACAGUCAUUGAAAAUGGAAGAGUACAUAGUCCUGGGUGGACCCCCACAGCUAAAUUGUCACAUGAGAAGAAGCCAAGAGGCCGUCCCCCACGAUGUUCAACUGUGCAGAAAUUGGCUACACAUGUUGAACCUCAUCCUCUGUCUGUCAUUACAAAUCCACCCACAGAAAAGGUAAAGCGGCCACCAGGUAGACCUCCUGGCUCUGUGGAAAAAAAAAGAGGUCGUCCUCCUGCAUCUGGUAACCUGAGAGCCUGGCUGCAAGGUAGCCAAGUGUUACCUAGUGAGAGCAGAGAUGCUGGACUGGAGCAAAACUGUAGUUCAGCUCAUCGCAAGGACAUGGUGGAAGAUGACAAGGAGAGAAAGGCUGCAAAAAGAACACCCCUUGGAUCUGUGCAGCAACAGGACUCUGAGGACAAGUUAUCAAAAGUGGGCCGUGAUUCAAAGGUGACCAAACUGAAGCGGAUGCGUGAUGUUAAAGUGAAGCCCCUCAAGUCUGGACUUUUGAAGGGUGUCCCAGUUCCCUUUGUGCCAAGACGGAAGCGUGGCAGACCUCCUUCUGCUGAGCGCCUUAAAGCUAAGAUUGCUGCUGCUUCGUUGGCCCCAAAGUUGUCCCUUUCUGAGUCUGGCACUGCCAAACAUAAGGCCUUUAGUGUUCACCUAGAACAAGAUAUGGAUCCCCGUUCUACACAGAAUCUCAAGCUCAGGGCCUCUCAUUCUGCUGACGAACAUACUACCCCAAAUUCCCCAGGUUCCGAAUCAGUUGUCAAUCCAGCCACACCUCCAAAACUCGGAAAUCGUUUGGGUUUACGGCAAAGUCCUCGCCAUAUUAAGCCUGUACGCACUGUCCCACCUUCCAAACGCACUGAUACCACUAUUGCAAAGCAGUUACUGCAGCGUGCUAAGAAAGGGGCACGCAAAAAGAAACUGGAGGCAGUGGGUACUCAGGGAGCGGCAGCUAUUGAAUCUGGAAUUAGAAGGAGAACAAGAACACAGCUGAAAAACAUUCGGCAGUUCAUUAUGCCUGUGGUGAGUACAGUGUCCUUGCGGAUUAUUAAGACCCCUAAACGAUUUAUUGAAGAUGAGUUUGGUGCCCCUCCCCCACACAUGAAAAUUGCACGUUUAGACUCUGCUGUGCCAGCUCCAGUCUCUCAUCCCUCAACAUCAUCCUCCACACUUGUUUCCACUGCCCCAAGUACAACUGGAACUGUGACCACCUCUGGGUCAGGACCAUCUGUCGAAACCUUCCCUCCCCCUCCACCCCCUGCGCCCCCUACCAGUGCCAUUGUGGCACCAGGAAAUCUUCUCAGUAACAAAAGCUGCAACAGUAAUGGGCGUUUCAGUAGCAGUGCAGCAUCUUGUGGCUCCAGUGCAGUGUCGCAACAUUCCUUCCAGCUCUCUUCAGGAGAGUCUUCACGCUCCAGCAGCCCAAGUCUGGAUGACUCCUCUUGUGACUCGCAAAUUUCAGAUGGCACUCAGGUGCUCUCGGAGGAGCCUGAUCAUUCCCCUUCCUCUCAGGGAGAGAGGGAGGCUAGUUUGCACCAUUCCCCACGCCCACUGUCCCCACCAUCAGAGCCUGAGUUAAUGGAGCCAAACAGACGGGGGCGCAGAGGACAAGGCCUUAGAAGAGGCAACUUUGUGUCACGUGGUCGGAGCAAUCUGAUCAACAAUAGGAAAAGGUCCAUCAUCAGCCCUGCCACAGGUGUAAUGAUGUCCUCUUCUCAGGCAGGGUCCCAGCAGGCCUCUUCUACUGCUUCUUCAUCGUCUUCUCCACCACCACCUCCUCUUCUUACUCCACCUCAGCCUCCUCAGUCGGCUUCAUCCAGUGUAUCUGCCAUUAGUGAACAUCACUCCCACUCCCCAUGGAUUAUGCCUCAUCCUAUCCCCCCUUUCUUGCCUACUCCUCCAAUAAUCCCUGGUUCUCAUGACAAACGCCGUGCCAUACUACGGGAGCCCACAUUUCGCUGGACUUCUUUGUCACGCAUAGAGCAGCAAUACUUCUCUUCCGCCAAGUAUGCAAAAGAGGGCCUUAUUCGCAAACCUAUAUUUGAUAACUUCCGCCCUCCACCACUCACAGCCGAGGAUGUGGGACUAAUGCCUCCUGGACCUGGAGGAGGGGGAGUGGCACCAGCAGGGUUCCCUACAACAGGUGGUACAUCUGGGGCAGGUACAAGGCUUUUUUCUCCUCUACAUCAUCACCAGCAUCCCUCAUCUCGUUUUGAGCCUCCACUCCAUAAGCGCAGCCCCCUUCUCCGUGCUCCUCGCUUUACUCCCAGUGCUGCCCACUCCCGCAUUUUUGAGUCAGUGACUCUUCCAGCUUCCUCAGGGAGCAGCCCUAGCUCUCAAUCCCCUCUCCAGACAACACCACCAACAAACAGGUUCUCACGGCGCAGGAAGAGGAGAACGUUUGGGCAUUCCCGCAUACAAUCCAGAUCACCCUCACACUCCAUGACCACCAGGAGCAGUCAGUCAGGGUCCCAGGCUGGAAAGAGCUCUGCUGAACUCUCUGCACUAACUAGCUCUGUUCCAACAAGUGUGACUGGCAAUUCCAGCCCUUUACCUGGGAUUGCAGUCAGCCCAGUUGCUCCAAGUGCCUUACCUCAAGCUUCUUUCAAUACAUUUUCAUCAAGUUCUCUUGGUUCUAUUAGUCAUAGAGCUGCUGAUGUUCGAAGAGUGGAUGUGGGCCUUGGCAGUGGUGGGAGUUCUGCCUCUUCCUCAUCACAGCUCUUCCCUCGUUUUGCUUCCAGUCCCCAAGGUUCAAGUGGGGGCACUGGAAAAAUAGGGAGAGAAAGGACUGUCUCAACUUCAAGAGAUGCCCUUCCCAAGGAGAAAGAUAGAGAGGCAGAAAGAAGUAGAGACCGUGGGAAAGAAAAUAAAAAAGAAGCAAAAAAAGAUUGGGAUAGAAGAGGAAAGAGUCUUGCUGCAGACGGCCCUACUAAUUCCACCGCAAGCCUUUUUGCUGUGGAUGGCAAGGAUGUUGAUGAAACUUUCAGCCAGAAAAAGACUCCUGGACAAAAAAAAUCUGUUUCUGUUGAUGCUGGUGCAGAGACCCCAUCAGUUGAGACAAAUGUAAUCCAACCAGCAAGGGCUUUUUUGUAUAAAGGACGGAUGUCCAAAAAAGGCAGAUUGCCAGAAAAAGGUAUGGAAGAUGAUGAAAUGGAGAAAAGCAAAGAGAGAUCUAGCAUACCUAUCCCACCCAUUCAUUCCAGAAAACUCCCCUCCCCACCAUCCAUAGGUUCUGUGCUUGCACUCGCUGAAAAACAACCAGCCACAGACAGGCGUGUGGCGGGCCUCCUGAAAAAGGCUAAAGCCCAACUCAUUAACAUAGAAAAGAGCAAGUCUUUGAAAGCAGUGGAUCAACCUAAAGUGCAGGGUCAGGAAAGUGAUUCUUCAGAAGCAUCAGUUCGUGGUCCACGGAUCAAGCAUGUGUGUCGUCGUGCUGCAGUAGCAUUGGGUCGCAAUCGUGCCGUGUUCCCAGAUGAUAUGCCCACCCUUAGUGCCUUGCCAUGGGAGGAGAGAGAAAAGAUCCUGUCUUCCAUGGGGAAUGAUGAUAAAUCUUCAGUGGCAGGUUCAGAAGAGGCAGAGCCAUCCUCCCCUCCCGUAAAACCAGUAACAAGACACAAAACAGUCCAGGAAGCCACACCCAGAAAGGGUCGACGCUCACGGCGUUGUGGGCAGUGUCCUGGUUGUCAAGUCCCAGAAGACUGCGGGCAUUGUGCCAAUUGUCUGGAUAAGCCUAAGUUUGGGGGGCGCAACAUCAAAAAGCAAUGCUGCAAGGAGAGGAAAUGCCAGAACUUGCAGUGGAUGCCAUCAAAAAUAUUUCUUCAGAAACAAGGAAAAGGUAAAAAAGAUAAGAAGAAAAACAAAGUGCCAGAAAAAAAGGAAGCUCAUCACUCUGUCAAAACUCUGUGUCCUGAGGUAAGCAUCAAACCCACCCCAGCUCCCAUAAAAGAUGACCCUCCAGUGAAGAAAAGUGGCACUCCACCCCCAAUACAGGAAGAGGUUAAACAAAAACAGCAGCCACCAUCCACACCACCACCCAGCUCUUCCCCAAAUGGCAAUUUCCCUUUAGUUCCUAGCACAGAGGACUCAAGACCGCCCUUGGCUUUUCCGAGUUCUGCCUAUAAGAAGGACCGAAAGCUGUCUAGCCCUUUAUCCCGCUCCCCGCACACCACGUCAUCUAGCCAACCACUGGAACCAUCUAAAGAGAUCAUGCAGCAGCAAACCCAGACUUCAGCAAAAAAGGAAGGACCCACAAAGUCACCAACUAAUGAACUCAAAAAGAAACCCCAGCAGCAUACUCAGUCUUCAUCUAUUGCACCCUUGGCUACAGAAGCAAAGCAAGUAAAAAAGCAGCCUGUUCAUUGUGGUACUCCACCAAAGUCAAAACCAAAGGAGAAGGAGAAACAGAUGGUCACAAAAUCUGACCGCAGUACUUUAAACUUCCUGAGCACUCCCUCGAUUGGGGGCACUGCCAAGCAGAAACCACCCUCCGACGGAGUGCAUCGAAUUAGAGUGGAUUUUAAGGAGGACUUUGACAUCGAGAAGGUGUGGGAAAUGGGUGGGCUCAGCAUUCUCACCUCUGUGCCAGUCACCCCACAAGUAGUCUGCUUUCUCUGUGCUAGCAGUGGCAACGUAGAGUUUGUGUUUUGCCAGGUGUGCUGUGAGCCUUUCCAUAUCUUUUGCUUGGGGGAGACUGAACGCCCCUUAAAUGAGGAAUGGGAAAACUGGUGCUGUCGCCGGUGCCGCUUCUGUCAUGUCUGUGGCCGGCAGCACCAGAAGACUAAAGAGCUGCUGGAGUGUGACAAGUGCCGAAACAGCUUUCACCCUGAGUGCCUGGGACCCAACCAUCCUACAAGACCCACCAAGAAAAAAAUCUGGAUUUGCACCAAGUGUGUCUGCUGUAAAAGUUGUGGGGCCACCAAACCAGGAAAGACUUGGGAUGCCCAGUGGUCACAUGACUUUUCCUUGUGUCACGACUGUGCCAAACAUUUUGCUAAAGGAAACUUCUGCCCUCUCUGUAACAAGUGCUGUGACUAUGAUUAUGAAAAUAAGAUAAUGCAGUGUGGAAAGUGUGAUCUCUGGGUUCAUGCCAAAUGUGAGAAUCUAACCGAUGAAAUGUUCGAGUUAUUGUCGAGACAGCCUAAAAACAUGGCCUACACCUGUGUUCACUGCACUGAGCAUCACCCACCGAAGUGGCGUUCUGCCUUGGAGAAGGACAUUCAGAGCAGUAUGCGCCAAGUUCUCACUGCACUCCUCAACUCCCGCACUUCCACUCACCUUCUCCAUUACAGACAAGCGGUGAUGAAGCCACCUGAGUUGAACCCAGAAACCGAAGAGAGCCUUCCUUCACGACGUUCCCCUGAAGGGCCUGAUCCUCCUCUUCUUACAGAAGUUUCCCUGCCCAGUGAUUCACCCCUUGAUUUAGAAUCUGUUGAGAAGAAAAUUAAUUCGGGGCACUACAAAUCCGUGCUGGACUUUAGUGAUGAUAUUGUGAGAAUCGUCCAAACAGCCAUUAAUUUAGAGGGAGGUCAGCCAGAAAGCAGAAAGAACAACCGCAUGGUGAAGUCCUUCUUUAUUCGGCAAAUGGAACGGGUUUUUCCUUGGUUCAAGGUGAAGGAAUCAAAAUUCUGGGAGGCACACAAAGUCCCUUACAAUAGUGGUUUACUUCCAAAUGCUGUACUACCUCCUUCUCUGGAUCACAACUACGCCCAGUGGCAAGAGAGGGAAGAGAUGGCGUGUGCCGAGCAUCAUCUUUCUAUGAAGAUUAUUCCCGCUCCUUGUUCUAAAGCUCCUGGGGAACCUGACUUCCCACUUGUACCUCCACCUCCACCUGCACAGCUAAAACAUGACCUGAGUCAAGAGGACUACCCCGAACUCCCCCCUCCCUCUGGUGUUGGUGACAAUAGACAAUGUGUACUUUGUCUGAACUAUGGUGAUGAGAAGACAAAUGAAUGCGGAAGGCUGCUUUACAUUGGCCAAAAUGAAUGGGCUCAUGUGAACUGUGCAUUGUGGUCAGCAGAGGUGUUUGAGGACGAUGAUGGCUCUCUCAAAAAUGUCCAUAUUGCAGUAAGCCGUGGCAGACAGCUGCGCUGUGGAAACUGUCAAAAGCCUGGAGCCACUGUAGGCUGCUGCCUUGCCUCCUGCUCAAGUAACUACCACUUCAUGUGUGCUCGUCAGUCACACUGCACCUUUCUGGAAGACAAAAAGGUGUAUUGUCAGCGGCACAGAGACUCAAUCAAAGGCGAGGUACUGUCAGAAACAGGAUUCGAAGUGACCCGGAGGAUUCUGGUGGACUUUGAAGGGAUUAGUUUAAGAAGAAAGUUUCUCCAUGGCCUUGAACCAGAUAACAUCCACAUGAUGAUAGGCUCGAUGACUAUUGAUUGUCUCGGGAUGCUAACAGAGCUCUCAGAUUGUGAGAGAAAACUCUUUCCCAUUGGAUAUCAAUGCUCAAGGGUCUACUGGAGUACACUGGAUGCCCGCAAAAGAUGCGUCUACACCUGUAGAAUUCUGGCAUGCCGCCCCCUAGUGGCAGACAACAUCAAUAACAACAUAGUCACACAAGAGAACAAUCGCACUAUUGCCCACAGCCCACCUCCAGUCUUGGAAGAAGUGGACCCAUCACUGUUGCCUGAUACAGUUUCUGUUGACCAAAACAUCUUGCCCUUGAUGCCAAAACAAAGGGUUUACUUUAGAAACAGACAUCCCAGUUACCCUCCCUGCCAUCAAACAACUUCUUCUAGACAACUGCCCUCACCAGGGGCUGUCAGUUUGGUUAACGAAAUUGUAACAGUCAGUGACCCUCAGCUGAACUCCAGUCUACCUAGUAUUGGGUCUCGUCGCCAUAGUACUUCCUCCUUUUCCCUUUCACAUCAGCAACCAAGACAGAGAAUUUCCUCGGGUCCACAGGGAAGUAACUCAGCCAACCAGAUCCAGACAGUCUCUCUGUCACCUGCCUCAACCUCCCAGGACCAUGGAUGUGGGGAUUCUGUAAAAGGGAAAGCAUCUGGUGAUGAGAAACCUCCAUGUCGAGAGAUAACCACUGUAAAAACCAUAGCUCAGUACAGACCCGUUUAUGGUGUUACAGAGAGAUUGGGUUGUGGCAGAGAUGCUGGCAAAAAGCCACAUGAAGGAGAACGUCUUAAAUUUGCACCAUCAGCUCUUCUGUCAUCGCCUCCACUUGGAACUGCAGUUUUGACCGGGUAUCAAAGAUGCAGUGAAAACAUGAUCGUAGAAAAGGGGAAACAGGUGACAAAAGACACUGAUCUACCAGCUGGAGCAACUCUCUUGUCCUAUAAUCCCACGCUGCAGAUAAAAGAUAAUGGUGUUGCAGGGAAAGAAGCAGCCAUUGCAGCUGGGCCCGACUCAAAAGAGAUUCGAAAUGCUGGCUCACCCCAGGCACUGCAUCACAAAACCGGGGGUAGGAAAUCCCAUGACAGUGUCUCAGGGCCAUCUCCAGCUGCAGCUCUUAAGCCUCUCUGGUCACCUGGAGUGAUGACGGGUGAGGAGGACAUGAAAAGGGGAACUCAGUCGAGCCCCUCUGUGGUAGCUAGUCAUGUGCCCUCUACCACCAGAGAGAAGCCCUCCAAAAUUAAAUUAACAGAGGGCAGGGAUUUUUCAAAAGAAGGGAAAGAGAUGCCUCAAAAUAGUAAGGCACAAAUACACAAUAGUAACUUUAGCAGUUCAAAAGGUUGUAAUAUCAAAACCCAGGCCCAAGUGCCAUCCUCACGAAAUACCAACAAAGCCACGGCAGUCAUUAGUGAUAAAACCUCAGGCUCUACUGAAAUAACAAAAUCACAUAAUCAGAGAGGCGAAAGGCAAUUAAAGUCUAGAUUUAGCAUGGAGAAAAAACACAGUUCUCUAGUAAAUGUAAUUCAGUCAGUGCCAGGUACUGAGCGGAGUUUAGGCCUCCCACAUCCUCACUCUAAAUCAAGAGAAGAAUCUUUGCUGAUGGAGAAGCAUUGCACAGACCGACUGUCUCUGGUAUCUCAAAAAAUAGAUCCUAAUGGAACCAAAGCUGUCAGCACAUGCUCUAAUACAAACACAUCCACUUCCAGAUCCCCUAGUAGUCAUGCUUCACUUAGGAAGUCUUCCCAUGCAAUGCUUUUUUCUCCUUUUGCGAGUUCUGAAAGCUCAGAGUCUGAUAGCCAUACACCUACAGAGGAGCAGAAUGUCGACCACCACUGUGCUGAGGAUGAUGGUGAAGGGGCAGAUCAUCAUUUAGAAGAUGAAAGCUCCCCGGAAAAGCACCACGAGGAGGACAGUGAUGGUUCCACAAAACGGCGAUACCCUAGACGAAGUGCUAGGGCUCGCUCAAACAUGUUCUUCGGACUCACACCCUUUUAUGGUGUUCGUUCCUACGGUGAAGAAGAUAUUCCCUUCUACAGCAGUGGUGAUAUCCCAAUAAGAAAGCGUUCAGGUGGCAGCAAGCGAUCAGCCGAGGGACAAGUAGAUGGGGCUGAUGAUAUGAGCACAUCAUCUUCUGCAGACAGUGGAGAGGAUGAGGAAGGUUUCGGUCCAAACAAGGAUUACUAUUACAAUUUCACACGGACCAUCAUAAACCCUGGCUCUAGUUUUCCUUCUAUUGAGAGUAUAGAUCAUUGUUUGGGAAGAAGAUCCCAGAUUCACAGGUUCAUGAGGGAUGGAGUAAAGGAAACCGAUGACGAAAGUGAUGAAGUAACAGCAGCGACCAAAAGUUUAGAAUGCCAACAAAUUGGUCAGCUGGAUGGAGUUGAUGAUGAUUCGGAAAGUGAUGCCAGUGUAAACACCAGCAGCACAACUACUGCUACGACAUCCUCUACACAUAAAAGCUCAACCAAAAAGAGAGGUCGAGAGAGCCGAGCUGAGAAGUUGAAUGCUGACUCAGGGAAAGAGACUGAAAACACUACUGGUGAUGGAAGCACUCAUAGUCGCGAUGUACGUAAAAAUCAGAAGGAUAACUGUUUGCAGUUAGGAAGUGUAAAAUCACAGGGACAGGAUCCUCUUGAAAACCAGCUGUCACUUAGUGCAGAUCUUCUUAAGUCUGAUUCGGACAAUAACAACAGCGAUGACUGUAACAUCUUGCCUUCUGACAUUAUGGAGUUUGUUUUAAACACCCCAUCAAUGCAAAGCUUGGGACAACAACCAGAGGCUAACUCCACCGAACCAUUUUCUCUGGAUGAGGGCUACGAAGUAGACGUAAACCGAAGGAAGACUAUACUCUUUGAAGAUUUUACCCCACCACUGGCCAGCUCAGAACCUGUAGAUAGUGGAGUGAGUACCUCAAUUCCAGUGGAAGAACCCUAUGUCCUUCCACUGGAGCUGCCAUCUGACCUCUCUGUGCUCACGACCCGCAGUCCAUCUGUGAAUAACCAAAAUCAUGGCUCAAUCAUUUCUGAGAGCUCUGAGCGCAAUAUGCUGGCUUUAGCUGCAGAGGAAGCAGGAGUGGAUAAGGGCGGGGACAAGCAGAGAGCAGGAAGCGCUGUGUCUAGUGAGAGCCCACGAGAUGAUGGUGGAGAUUCACAGACGGCUGAAGGUGACAUGACACCUGAUCAUUUCAUUUCUACCCACAUCGAUGGAGAUCACAUUUCAAGUCAUGGAAUAAACCAAGUAACAGAAGCAGGAAAUCCAGAUCUAAACAGAACGCCUAGCACACCAGGCUUGCCAAGUUCACCUACAGUGGCAACACAGGGCCAGAAGUUUAUUCCUUCGGCCUCAGUCAGUACAGGACACACUCAAAUUGUGAGUCCUGCUGUUCAGUCCAUUCAUUCCCCUAUGAAAGCUGGUCCGGAGAAAUUAAUAGUUCUCAAUCAACAUUUGCGCCCUCUGUAUGUUGUGCAAACUCUCCCCAAUGGUGUAACUCAGAAGAUACAGAUUGCUCCAUCUGUCAGUACAACCGGUGUCAUGAAUAGCAGUGCACCUGUUCUGACCGGCCUCAGUACUGGUAUUUCCCCUUCUCAGUCCAUUUUCCCUGCUGUUACCAAAGGUUUAGUUCCUGUGCCUCAUCACCCUCAGCUUCAUGCCUUCACUAGCACCAGUCAGACAGGUUUCCAGUCAAUUAUUCCCAGCACUACAUCUGGCAUUUUUAUUGGUGUUCCUUCACAUGAUCCUCAAAUUAUUGCAUCAGAAGCUGGGCAUAGACAUGAGCUGGCCCCCAGUGUUGCUAUGGUGUCCAGUGCAUCGUCCAUUACCCCAACCCCUACAGUUCUUACCACUGGACAUGGCAAAAAGCGGCCAAUCUCACGUCUGCAACCCCGUAAAAGUAAGAAGCUAGCCCGAUCCAGAAGCCAACCUACAUUAGCACCAUCAGAGGUUGGGCCUAACAUGACACUUAUUAACCUGUCCUCGCCACAAAUUGCUGCUGGCAUCUCUGCUCAGCAAGGACUGGUUGAACUUGGCACAAUAACAGCCGCAGCUGCAACAUCUCACCGCAAAAUGCCCAACAUUAUAAAACGGCCCAAAUCUGGAGUAGUCUACUUCGAGCCUGCUCUCCUUCCGCAACCAAUGCCAAUUUCAAAUGCUACUCAGGCUGGUAUCAUUGGGCAUGAUUCCUCAACCCACUUAUUGCCUUGCACUGUGGCAGGACUUAAUCCUAAUCAGUCCUUAUUGAAUGUGGUAUCAAUGCCUUCUCCUGCACCUGGGAAUCUAUUGGGAGCAAAUUCAGUGUCUUUAAGUACCCCAGGGCUCAUUAGUCCUGAGAUCACAGGCCCUAUAAGUAGCCUUGUAUUUAAAGCCAGUCCACAUAACUUGGGCCUUGCAGAGCAGCAAAUGGUUCUUCAAUCUGGAAGCCCCAUGGUGUCACAAAUUGCCAGUUCUGCUCAGACUUCCAUUGCUAGUAGCAUCUGUGUUCUUCCACCAAAUCAAAUCAACAUGUCACCCAGCCAACAGCAAGACAAAGAAGGCAAUGUUGGCAAAGAAGGCAAUCUUCAGAAUCCUGUAAGCAAACUAGCAGAUAAAGCCAAUGAUCCCAGUACAAACGCAUCUGGUCAAGUGGCUAUUGUACGCAGUCACCUCGCACAUGACCCGAAUAAGGGUCAUAUGGUUGGAGUUCCCACUCGGAGCUCACAAACCUCGUCUGUCUCACAAGCCGCAAGAGAAAAGCAGGUGCUGAAGUCAACCUCUGCCAAAGCUUCCUCAGGCAUUGGUAAGAUCAAGCAAAAAGCAAAGAGGACUCUACCAAGUGCAGCCAAUACUGGUGGAAAAAAGCACAAAGGUGGACCGACCGAAGAACUGGCAGAAUCACAGCGUGUUCCUGACUCUUCAAAACAAUCCGCUUUUCAAAGGGGUAAAGAGCAUAUGGAGCUCGAGCUGACGAAUAUGGCAAAAUCUAAUGAAAAGGGUUCAAGAAAGAGUAAUUCUAGAAAGUGUGAACCCUCUUCUCUUAAUCAGAAGGCCGUAGAAUCCCAUGACGAAAAUCUCAGGACUGCUAGUCAGAAUGCAGACCGAGCACCUGAGACUCUGCUGGUAGCGACUCCUGAUCAGAAGGACGAUGGACCGAAUUCCACCUCAGACUACAAACCUAAAAAAGGCCUCUUGUUUGAAAUCUGCAGUGACGAUGGCUUUAAGGUCUGCUGUGAAAGUAUUGAAGAGGCCUGGAAAUCUCUAACCGAUAAAGUCCAGGAGGCACGCUCCAAUGCCAAACUCAAAGAGCUGUCUUUUGAUGGGGUGAAUGGGCUGCGGAUGCUGGGUAUUGUCCAUGAUGCUGUAGUUUUUCUUUUGGAGCAGCUGUACGGUGCCAGGUACUGCAGGAACUACAGGUUCCGCUUCCACAAGCCGGAGGAUGUGGACGAGCCUCCUCUUAACCCCCAUGGAUCUGCCCGUGCUGAGGUCCACCACAGGAGGUCUGUGUUGGACAUGUUUAACUUCCUGGCCUCUAAAUAUCGCCAACCACCUGAGUACAAUCCUCAAGAAGAAGAUGAUGAAGAGCAGUUUAAAUCUGCACGACGGUGCUCCAGCACAGAUGUGCCACUGGCAGUUCGGUUCAGACACUUAAAGAAAACAUCCAGAGAAUCUGUGGGCGUGUACAGGUCAGCCAUACACGGCCGUGGUCUGUUCUGUAAGAGAAACAUUGAUGCUGGUGAGAUGGUGAUCGAGUAUUCGGGCAACGUCAUCCGCUCUGUGCUUACUGACAAACGAGAAAAGUACUAUGACGCCAAGGGAAUUGGCUGCUACAUGUUUCGCAUCGAUGACUAUGAGGUGGUAGAUGCCACCAUGCAUGGCAACUCUGCUCGUUUCAUAAACCACUCCUGUGAGCCCAACUGCUACUCCCGCGUAGUCAAUAUCGACGGGCAAAAGCACAUAGUCAUUUUUGCGCUGCGGAAAAUCUACAAGGGCGAAGAGCUCACCUAUGACUACAAGUUCCCCAUCGAGGAACCAGGCAAUAAGCUGCCUUGCAACUGUGGGGCCAAAAAGUGUCGCAAGUUCCUUAAUUAACGCCUCCCUUCCUUACUUUAAACUGAACCCUGUCCUUCCAAACAAAACUGUUUUUUUUUUUUUUUUUCUGUUUUGUUCUUGUUUUAUUUUGUCAAUGUGUGUAUUUUGAAUAAUAUGGUUAUUUAUUGAAACAGGCUCAGGUUUUCAGAGGGAUUUAUGGCACUGUGCCUCAAGUUGAUUCAGGAAAGGUUUCAAGAGCAAUGUCAUAACGAAUAAACGGAGGAAAAAAGGACUUCUUCAGCGGAGCGUUCCCUUACACCUCCAAAACAAAAACAGGCCAGUCGAAGAUGUGCAGUCUGCUUGUUAGCAAAUUGUGUGCCCUGUUUAGCCCAAAUCUUUAUUACAAAAUUCCAAAUGUGUAAUAUUUAAUCUUUUUUUGCCCUUGCAAAUGAAAUGUGAAGGGAAAAGAGAGAAAAAACAAAGUAUGAUGGAAUUGCCACAUUAUUUCAUUUGACACCAAAGUGCAAUUUUUCUAAGGGAACGGUACACUGUCUUUUUAGAUAGAGGAAUCGUGAGAGGUCCAUUGUUUUAUUGUUGUUUUGUUGCGAUUUGAUUCUUGUUUUUAACCUACCGUCAAAACCUCCCUUUCUGAAUGUACAUCAAAGCCUUCUCCUUCUGCUGAUGUGGUCUGUGUGUGUGUGUGUGUGUGUGUGUGUGUGUGUGUGUGUGUGUGUGUGUGUGUGUGUGUGUGUGUGUGUGUGUAUGAGCCCUUAAACAGGUGGAUGGAGAACGCUAGAGGGAGCUUUUUAUUCCCUGUGUUGGACAUAUGCAGGUGUUUAUCAGGGCAGGGGUAGGAAAAUUAAUUAUGAGUGUACCUGAAAUGUUGAAGAAGUAAUAACCCCUGGAUGUAUCAUUGGAGACUGGAUGUGCUGAGAUCCUGGUGGACUGACAGUCAAGGGACUAAAGAAAUUUGGCGGGUGGGAGGGAUUGCUUCAUUCGACCUCUUUUUUUUUAAGUAACGUGGACUGAUGUUUGUAAUGAGGACAUGUAGUAUGUGCAUGUGUUAAGGCCUGUAGCUGGUAGUAUUUACUCAGAAUUUUUUUUUUAACGCCAUCCAAAUGUUUUCUUAAGAAGGACGAGUCAUUUUAAAAUUUCGCUUUCUUUUUUUUUUUUUUUUUGUAGUAGAUAAGUAAAUGUCAUUAUUUCCUUUCAUAUGUAAAUAAUAUGUAUAUUUUUCUAUCUCGAAAAAAAAAAACCAACAAAACUGAAAAGCUCACUAGUGAAUAGCACUUAUUGAUAUUUAUAUUUUUAAUAAAAUAUUGUAUUUAUUUUACCAACAUUUUGUAGUAGAUAGUGGUUUACAACACUAAUGCUUGUCAUUAUUUUUUUAUAGUGUACUUUUUUUAAAACAGUUUUGGCUUUUUUUUCCUUCCUUAUUCUCUUUUCUAUUCCAAAGACGGAAAGCCGUAGUCGUUCCCGUAGUGUGCAGUCCACCAGUAGCUCUCAUUGCCGAUCCAAAUUAGUCAUGAGAUGAGAUGUAAUUAGCAUAGGCUGUGAAGCAUCUAGUUCUAAGUGCUUAUCUGUAUAAAAAAAAAACUGGCAUGUCUUCUCCAAUGGCAGCCUUAAUAAUCUCACACGUAAAUACCAAUCUUCCCUUAAUAGGAUACAGUUUUAUGUGGAGAAAUGAUGAGUAGAAAACUCACAUUUAAGCAAACUGCAAAGUUUCCAUCUAUUUUAUUAUAUUAUAUAAAGGAAAAAAAAAAUAUUUUCAUAGAUACGAGUAUACCCGAAGGAAUCUGCCACGGAGGCUAGCCCAUGAAAACUUUCUUCUAAAGCACUAUAUUUGGAGGAAUGGAUGAAAAACUCGUUCUCCCUGUUUCGUGCACUGAACAUCAGUCUUCUUCCCAGCUUGACACAUGUUGCCUUGGCACUGCAUGGAGGCUCUAGCUAGCCAUUUAAAGCACACAAAUGUGCUCUUUUUAUGUGUAUUGUUCUCUUAAAUUUUUUUUAAUUUUUUUGCAUCACCCCUUAGGACGACAUUUUGUUUCCUUCGCAAUAAAAUUGACUUUGUGAUGGAAUUUUAGAUUUCCCAUUGAUGUCUGUCCUCUCCAUUUUUUUUAUUUAAUUUUAUUUACAUUUUUUUUUUUUAUAGCAACGGUGUGGUGCCUUCUUUAACAAUCAUUUUGUCCAUCCGUUAGUUCCGGAAUCAAAUCCAGUCAUCAGUCUUGGCUGAUUCUAAGACCUGAUAAGAGACCGACACAUUAGGGAGCGUUCUCUCAUUAGGGUGGAGACAUAUCUCUCUCAGACGUCUUUCGCAAUGUCUUAAUAAUAGUGAAAGUAUUUCUCUUUGAGCGAAACCAUUUCCUUGUGGAUGCAACACUGAUUUGUGCGUACACUGUCUUCUUGACAGUCAGAACUGAGUUGUAUAAAAGGGAUAAUGUAAAAUCGAGCUUAUCGAUGUUGCAGAAAGCCCAGGGGAUGUGUACAUACCUCCAGACAAAGCUCACUCGAUUGCUACAGUGUGCACCUCCUGGCUCUUGUUUUUCAGAACGAGCCACUAAAAGGCCAGUUUCUGUGUAGCAUUGUCUUAUUGCCUCAUGUGAACUCUAAUCACUUUUUUUUUCCUUCCAUCAAGGCUGUUGCUGAUGCCUCAAGCCUUAUUUUCCAGAUUCAUAACACAAUCAUAUAUUGAUCACGCUCUUUAUAGUUCCUAAUUGGCUGCUUUUUUUCCAGAUAAUUUUUUUUUCUGGAUUUGUGGGUUUGAUGGUGUUGCCGCAGAUUCUCGCUGGGAGCUUCUUGCCGUGCUCCUCGCGACAUGGGUCUCGUCAUCGAUUCAGGUAUUCGAGUUCCUCUAAGUCCGGCUCUCUGGAUGCGGCACAGGGCCGGGCUGAACUCUGCAGCUAGGCCUUUCGUUGAAUGUAUUAUUUGACUCUUGCGAUUGAUCUUUUAUCAUAGUUACUUUUUUUUUUUUUUUUUUUUUUUAAUGAUUGUUCCAAUGUGAAAGGCAGGGACGUUACAGAAGAGCUUUACGUUUCGUUUUAGUCAGUGAGGAUUGUACAGCAAUGCCGAUCGUUGUACAGAACUCGUGUCUGUCGACCUGAUUAUGAUUUUACCAAUCCUAAGGGCUUUGUCAAUGACUUUUUUUUUUUUUCCCUCCAUAAAGCUAGUUUAGUUGCAACUUCAAGAUGCUCCACAAACCAGUGUAAUAUGGUGUUCAGUCAGUGUAUGAAAAGCUACCAGGUUCCUGGACUUUAUUCUUCCACACCACACCAGUGGUACCACACCUUCUCCUGUACUUGCUCUGUAGUAUCUAUAUAAAUAUGUAUACAUAUUCUUACACACAUAAUGAAUAUAUUCUACCUAAACAUAUGUAUGGAUAGUAAAACUGUAUUUCAAUAUUCACAAUAUCUACACAGUAUAUGGAAUGGACAGACAAACGUAGUUACAGUAGCAAACAACAGUUUUCAUAAUGGUUAAUAGCAAUGUUCAGUGUAAUCUAUAAUGACUUUGUGUUACAGAUACAGUUUAGAUUAAUGUGCAGCAUUUUAAAUAUUGACAUGUAUUGUUUUCUGUGCCUGUGUAUGCUUUAUGACUGGAGCAUUGCAGUUAUGAUCUUAUGACUUGUUUCCUCCGUUGUUGGUUUUUUUUUGGGGGCCUAGGCUGAAAGAUGAUAUUUAUACAGUGAAAUAAAAUAAAUGUAAGCUGUGGUUGUAAAGUUUUUGAGGAUAGCCAUUCGUUUCAAUGCUGUAGUUUUUCAUUUUACUCUUUGUACAUUUUCACAUACUUUGUGGUUGUCAAGACAAAAAAACAAAACAAAAAAUUGACCUUUCAGCGGAUUGCAUUUUCCAAAAUCCCAUUCUGAAAAUUCAGUUCAAUAUUUUAUGUCGUGUUUUGUAAUAACUAACUAAUGAAUAUUUUUAUUUAUUUCUGCAACUUUGAAACAUCUUUUAGGUCUUGUAUUGACCUCAAGGUUAAAUGUAGGUGCACAUCAUAUGGUAGACCCCUACAGCGCUCAAUUAUCAUUUAUUAAACAUCAGCUUAGUUUUUGUGCUCAAAACCUGACCAUUGGGGGGAAAAAACAGCUUGUGCUUGUACUUUUUUUUUUUUAAAUGAACACUUCCUUAUUCUCUGUAUCUCGGUGUGUUCAGUGUUUGAUAAUGUUUCUUAUUUUAUUUUGUUCUCCCGUUGCCCAAACAGUGUUCAGUGUUCACAGUAAUGAAGGAAAGACCAUUGACAAACCACAAAUUGCUUAAGAACGAAUGUAUGAGGAAAAAAAUGUACAUAA